CUCUACGGUGGCCGACAGGAUGCCGCCGAGGUGUUAGCAACGAGGCGAGAAGCACCCUCGGGAGGUACGGCGAGCUACGUUUCUCUAGCUCCGGGAGUAUCGAGGAGGGUACCCCGGCAGCCGUCACCAUGGUGAAGGAACAGUUCCGAGAGACGGAUGUCGCCAAGAAAAUAAGCCACAUCUGUUUUGGAAUGAAGUCCCCUGAGGAGAUGCGCCAGCAGGCCCACAUCCAGGUUGUGAGUAAGAACCUGUACAGCCAGGACAACCACCAUGCUCCCUUGCUGUAUGGUGUGCUUGACCACAGGAUGGGUACAAGUGAGAAGGACCGUCCUUGUGAAACCUGUGGGAAAAACUUGGCUGACUGUCUGGGCCACUAUGGCUACAUUGACUUGGAGUUGCCCUGCUUUCACGUGGGCUACUUCAGAGCAGUUAUCGGCAUCUUACAGAUGAUCUGUAAAACCUGUUGCCACAUCAUGCUGUCCCAGGAGGAGAAGAAGCAGUUUCUGGAUUAUCUGAAGAGGCCUGGCCUGACCUACCUCCAGAAACGUGGACUGAAGAAGAAAAUCUCUGAUAAGUGCCGAAAGAAGAACAUCUGCCAUUACUGUGGGGCUUUUAAUGGUACCGUAAAGAAAUGUGGAUUACUGAAGAUAAUUCAUGAGAAGUACAAGACCAACAAAAAAGUGGUGGAUCCUGUCGUAUCAAAUUUCCUUCAGUCUUUUGAAACAGCCAUCGAGCAUAACAAAGAAGUAGAACCACUGCUGGGAAGGGCACAGGAAAACUUGAAUCCCUUAGUAGUUCUGAAUUUAUUCAAACGAAUCCCAGCUGAAGAUGUCCCUCUACUUCUAAUGAACCCAGAAGCUGGAAAGCCCUCUGAUUUGAUUCUCACACGACUUUUAGUGCCCCCUUUGUGUAUCAGACCCUCUGUCGUGAGCGAUUUGAAGUCUGGCACCAAUGAAGAUGAUCUGACGAUGAAAUUGACAGAAAUCAUUUUCCUAAAUGACGUCAUUAAAAAGCAUCGGAUAUCAGGAGCAAAGACCCAGAUGAUCAUGGAAGACUGGGAUUUCCUGCAACUGCAGUGUGCCCUUUACAUUAACAGCGAGCUCUCAGGCAUUCCCCUCAACAUGGCGCCCAAGAAAUGGACCAGAGGUUUCGUCCAGCGCCUAAAGGGAAAACAGGGUCGAUUUAGAGGCAAUCUCUCAGGAAAGAGAGUGGAUUUUUCUGGCAGAACAGUCAUCUCACCUGACCCCAAUCUCAGGAUUGAUGAGGUAGCUGUGCCAGUUCACGUGGCCAAAAUUCUUACUUUUCCUGAGAAGGUGAACAAAGCAAACAUCAAUUUUUUGAGGAAACUGGUUCGAAAUGGCCCUGAAGUUCACCCAGGAGCCAAUUUCAUUCAGCAGAGACACACGCAGAUGAAAAGGUUUUUGAAGUACGGAAAUAGGGAAAAGAUGGCCCAGGAGCUCAAGUACGGGGACAUCGUGGAGAGACACCUCAUAGACGGAGAUGUGGUGCUGUUCAACCGGCAGCCGUCGCUGCACAAACUGAGCAUUAUGGCGCAUCUGGCCAAGGUCAAGCCGCACCGGACCUUCAGAUUUAACGAGUGUGUCUGUACACCCUACAAUGCGGAUUUCGAUGGCGAUGAGAUGAACCUUCAUCUUCCUCAAACGGAGGAAGCUAAAGCAGAGGCCCUUGUUCUGAUGGGGACGAAAGCAAAUCUGGUAACACCAAGGAAUGGAGAACCACUGAUUGCUGCUAUUCAGGAUUUUCUGACAGGUGCCUAUCUCCUCACCCUUAAGGACACUUUCUUUGACCGCGCCAAGGCUUGCCAAAUCAUUGCUUCAAUAUUGGUUGGCAAGGAUGAGAAAAUUAAAGUUCACCUCCCACCCCCGACAAUACUAAAGCCUGUCACCCUAUGGACAGGAAAGCAGAUCUUCAGUGUCAUCCUCAGACCAAGUGAUGACAACCCAGUGAGGGCCAACCUCCGAACCAAGGGCAAGCAGUACUGCGGCAAAGGAGAAGAUCUCUGUGUCAAUGAUUCCUACGUUACUAUCCAGAACAGUGAGCUGAUGAGUGGCAGUAUGGACAAGGGAACUCUGGGGUCCGGAUCCAAAAACAACAUUUUCUACAUUUUGCUGCGAGACUGGGGGCAGAACGAAGCGGCCGAUGCGAUGUCGCGGCUUGCCAGGCUGGCUCCUGUCUACCUCUCAAACCGUGGAUUCUCCAUUGGGAUUGGUGACGUCACACCUGGUCAAGGACUGCUGAAGGCCAAGUAUGAGUUGCUGAAUGCUGGCUAUAAAAAAUGUGAUGAGUACAUCGAAGCCCUGAACACAGGCAAGCUGCAGCAGCAGCCUGGCUGCACCGCUGAGGAGACUCUGGAGGCUCUGAUCCUGAAGGAGCUGUCUGUGAUCCGAGACCACGCAGGCAGUGCCUGUCUCCGGGAGCUAGAUAAGAGCAACAGCCCACUCACCAUGGCUCUGUGCGGCUCCAAGGGUUCUUUCAUUAACAUAUCACAGAUGAUUGCCUGUGUGGGACAGCAGGCCAUCAGUGGCUCUCGAGUGCCAGAUGGCUUUGAAAACAGGUCCUUGCCUCACUUUGAAAAACACUCAAAGCUCCCAGCUGCCAAAGGCUUUGUGGCUAAUAGCUUUUAUUCCGGUUUGACACCGACCGAGUUUUUCUUCCACACAAUGGCUGGCCGGGAAGGUCUCGUCGACACAGCCGUAAAGACCGCUGAAACAGGGUACAUGCAGAGGAGGCUCGUCAAGUCCCUUGAAGAUCUGUGCUCACAGUAUGACCUGACAGUCCGAAGCUCUACGGGUGAUAUUAUCCAGUUCAUUUACGGGGGAGAUGGCUUGGAUCCUGCAGCUAUGGAGGGAAAAGAUGAACCGUUAGAGUUCAAAAGAGUUCUGGACAACAUCAAAGCAGUCUUCCCGUGUCAGAGCGAGCCUGCGCUAAGUAAAAAUGAACUGGUCCUGACCACUGAGUCGAUCAUGAAGAAGACUGAGUUCCUCUGCUGCCAGGACAGCUUCCUGCAGGAAAUAAAAAAUUUCGUCAAGGGCGUUUCUGAGAAGAUCAAGAAGACCAGAGAUAAAUACGGCAUCAACGACAACGGCACGACAGAGGUAGCGCUCAGCUUCCCCGACGGGCUCGGGUGCCCCCAACGGGCUCGGGUCCCGCAGCCUGACCCGCACACUUGGUUUCUGUCCCUACAGCCCCGUGUGUUGUACCAGUUGGACCGGAUCACCCCCACCCAAAUCGAAAAGUUCCUGGAGACCUGUAGGGACAAGUACAUGAGGGCGCAGAUGGAGCCAGGUUCUGCGGUGGGCGCACUGUGUGCCCAGAGCAUUGGGGAGCCAGGCACCCAGAUGACCCUGAAGACUUUCCACUUCGCGGGCGUGGCGUCCAUGAACAUCACCCUGGGUGUGCCCCGGAUCAAAGAGAUCAUCAAUGCUUCCAAGGCCAUCAGCACCCCGAUCAUCACGGCGCAGCUGGAUAAGGACGACGACGCGGACUACGCUCGCCUCGUGAAGGGCAGAAUCGAGAAAACCCUCUUGGGAGAGAUUUCCGAGUAUAUUGAAGAAGUGUUUCUUCCGGAUGACUGCUUUAUCCUCGUCAAGCUCUCCCUGGAACGGAUCAGACUUCUGAGACUGGAAGUGAACGCUGAGACGGUGCGCUAUUCCAUCUGCAUGUCCAAGCUCCGCGUGAAGCCUGGCGAUGUGGCCGUUCACGGCGAGGCUGUGGUGUGUGUCACCCCCAGAGAGAACAGCAAGAGCUCCAUGUACUAUGUGCUGCAGUUCCUGAAGGAGGAUCUCCCCAAGGUGGUGGUGCAGGGCAUCCCGGAGGUUUCCAGAGCUGUCAUCCACAUCGACGAGCAGAGCGGAAAGGAGAAGUACAAGCUCCUGGUGGAGGGUGAUAACCUGCGGGCGGUCAUGGCCACCCACGGUGUGAAGGGCACCCGCACCACUUCCAAUAACACCUAUGAGGUGGAGAAAACUCUGGGCAUCGAAGCUGCCCGGACAACGAUCAUCAACGAAAUCCAGUACACGAUGGUCAACCACGGCAUGAGCAUCGACAGGAGGCACGUGAUGCUGCUGUCCGACCUGAUGACCUACAAGGGUGAAGUCCUGGGCAUCACGAGGUUUGGCCUGGCCAAGAUGAAGGAGAGUGUGCUGAUGCUGGCCUCCUUUGAGAAGACAGCUGACCAUCUCUUCGAUGCGGCCUACUUUGGGCAGAAGGACUCCGUGUGUGGGGUGUCUGAAUGCAUCAUCAUGGGGAUCCCUAUGAACAUUGGAACUGGGCUCUUCAAGCUGCUGCACAAGGCCGACAGGGACCCAAGCCCUCCCAGGAGACCCCUGAUCUUCGACACAAACGAAUUCCACAUCCCCCUUGUCACAUAGUCCAGGGAGGAGGGGACUGUUCCUGACCUCAGCUCCUUGUCCCAUCUGGAAAGAGGUCAAGACUGGCAGCUGACCCAGAGAGCUUGUGCUCCCUGGGACAGACUCUGAUGUCCCCACCGUGCCGUCACGCCGAGAAGGCCUCCGUGUCCCCGGGAGCAGCUCGCCUGCGACCCUGAUCACACCACAGUGCCUGGUCGGGAGAACUGAGGUUUGUCUGUUUGAAACCCUAGCCUCACCAGGAGGCCCCGGCCAGGCAUCUUUGCUCAUUCUCACCUCACCCUUCCAACUACUGGCUUUCAGGAGUGUCACACCAUGACCCAGAGCCAGCCAUAAGCUCCAAGACGAAGGCCUGUUCCUGGUUUUUCUGUUCCUCAGUCAUGGUCGAAUCUUUUCACGUGGCCUACACAUAUAAAUAUUAUCACCGUUAUUUAUUUGUUCAGUUUGAAGAAUUUGGAGUUGUUGUUAUUUUGGCUUUACUUUUAAAAUUUGAAAGCAAGAGGCUAUAAAAACCAAGAAAACCAGCAUUGAAGUGUCACCGGAAAAACUGGUUAAGCAGAUGGAACUGCCUGGGAUUUGUAACUAAGCUAAAACCGUCAUGAGGCCCAAGCUGCUCUGAAACAUCUUUUACAGACACCUCUGACCACCCCAUUGUUCUUGUCUACGUCUGACCUCCAUGGCGGGGAGCCUGCCUUGUGACGAGAGUGGGACCCAUUGUUCACGGCCGAUAGAAGCCUUGCCGGAGUUCGGAGCCCGCUGCGGUGGGGACAGUCAGUGUGUGUGGAGGUGAUGGGUGAGGCUGGUCCAGGCCCCUACACUGCCUGGGUGGUAACCACACCCCCCAAGGUAUCCGUACAGCUGGCCUGCCCCCCAUAUCCACAGAGCAAGCAGGGCAGGUGCAGAGCUAUGGCCUAAAAAGUGCCCUGGGGGCACAGGUGGGGUAGGGCCUUUCUGGGUAGAGGCAGGGGUGAAAGGGCCACCCAGACAGGAAGGGAGGAGGCCCACGUGGGGGUGGAGAGGGAACAGAGCUGGCGGCGUGCCCAUUGGGCAGUAGCAGGCUACUGGAAGAGUAGAUCUGUAAUGAUCGAAAGCACCUGUCAGGCGGCAGGAGACCAGCAGGGUGUCCCAGGAAGACCCCACAUGGCUUGUGAUGGGGGUUUGUGCAACAGAGGAAGGAAAUGUACACAGCUUAUCUUUGCAGAAGGGUUUCGCUGCCAGAGACCGUGAUUCUUUGUACUGAAUUUGCUCAGUAAGAUUGGGCCAGGGUCACGGAUAAGAAAUGGUAUGGCUGCCACUCUCUACUCCGUCUGGAGGAUGUUCCGUGAAGCCUGCCCUGCCCUUCCCUAUCUGGAGCCAAGUCCCAGUGCUCUGGCUCUUCCUUCCUCACCAGGGGGCCUUGGAAAACCAAGGCUGCUUAGUUGGGAAUGAGAUGAUCAUGAAAGUGGGGCUUCGACCCUACCUUCUGGCUCCACGCAUCUGGGAAGCUCUACUUCUGAAGCGACAUCGCUAAUUUCUCUCAUAUCCAGCCCCUGGAAGAAAACAGCCACCCAAACUGAAGAGAUGUGAGUUUGUUGUUGAGGGAGAAGAUGGUUUGGCUGAUUAAAGAGGUGGGUGUGGAGGAGAAAAAAAAAAAAGGUAGGGCAGGCACUUACAGAAUUCAAGUUGUAGUGCAAAGAAUCACACUUUGCUUCUUGGGACAUUCUCUAGCUGAUUUCCAAAGUUCUGAGUUAAUGCUGCUAAGGUACUUUGUGUAACCAUCAGCUGUGGGGUCUGUGUUAGAAUGAAUGCUUUCUCUCCCAUCCUGAUGGGAUUCCUGAAUUCAGAAUUCUUGACCUGAACCUUUGGCCAUUCUCUGGUUUAAAAUUCUGUUAAAAUUAGUCUGGCCCUGGGGUUUCCCUGCACCCAUGAGGUUGAUUUAGGAAGUUCUCUUAAGGUGAAAAAGUGUCAUUUUUCAUGUUCCACCCACUCCCUAUCUCUGAACUGAGCUAGCCUGGUUCGCAACACAGAUUAAGUCUGUUACAGGGGUGCCACCUGGAACCUCACCACAGGCCUCGCUUCCCUCGUACAACCUGCAAAGAGCCACAGUACCACAGCUGCCUUCCUGAAAACCUGCCUGGGGAAUAAGCCUUGGGCCUGCUCGGAUCCAGAACUACGAGAAGGCACACGAGGGCCGUGAGAGGGAGGGCUCCCAGAAUGAGAGGGAGCACCAGCGCCCGCUUUCCUCUGUGUGCCGCGCACCUGGACUGGGGAGGGGAACCGGUGUGUGCCACUGUGAGUAAUAAAGACGGCCCCGCCAGGAGCCUCAUCCUGCUUGAGCGAGGCCCCUGGGUGCCGACGAGCCUGGGUGAGAGGUAUGUGAUUGUGCUGCGCGCAGGCAGGGGGUGGGGGUCGAUCAGCAUGUGGCCUUGCGCGGACAGAAGGGUUACGUGAAGCAGCGCACCCCCCCAAGCCAAGACCCUGUGUCCUCGGAGCUCUGCCGGGACCCCUGGCAAGGCAGCGUUGCCUGGUGAGCCCUGCUCUGUGCUCCCUGCUGUGUGUGUGCCGUAGCUGGGUGUGCAAAUGGGAUGGGAUGGUCUGCUGCCCUGGUGUUGGGCUUUAUGCAAGCACAGAACUCAGACACCAGAUCCAGAGAGCAAUGUCUUCUCAACAGUAAGCUCCAUUGAAGGUUGGGAUUUUACUCUGGCCCUGUUGGGGAAGAAAUAAGAAAAAUACAUUUUAACGGUCUCAUCUGUUAGCAAAUUCAUAUUCAUUCUGACUAGUCAUCUGUCCAGUCCUUUGCCCUUUUUACGUCUUUUGUACAAGGGGAUUAAAAUAGCGAUUGACUCAGUGAGAGCCCCCUGCUUGUUCAGCGCUUUGGGGGUGGGAGAGACAUUCUGGAGUCUCCCAGUGUCUGUGUCAGAGUCAAAUCAUGGUGCUGUGUCUCUGUUUCAGGGUUUAUCCGUGUGUAUUCACAUUGAUUCAUGUCUGACUGACACCAUAGAAUGAUUAUUUUUCUUGAAUUUUGGCUGCCUCUAGACAGAAUUCUUCUUUUUUAGGAAAACUGAAAUAAGGAAAACUUACUCUACAUGUAACAGUAGCAGUUCAUCCCUGUGGGUUGUGAAAAAGGGUGACUGAGAUGCGAAUGGGCUCCAACUCCUACAAUAAUUAAUGUCCCCUGCCACAAGCCCACCCCUCAGGUGCUGGAGGUCAGCAGUGAGCUCUGCGCCCCUCCCCGCCCCCGUCGUGUAGCUAAUUCAAACCCAUUGGGACACAAUGCAGUAUCUCCUGGAAGUACCACCUAGCUGGGAUCAAGUGCCUCGCCUGACUGUUCAGAAGUUCGUUCAGUGAAUAAAGGCCUACAAUGUUCUAGGUACUAAAAGAGCAGCAGUAAAUAAAACCGGUAAAUCAGAUACCAGUGCAUCUAAAAACAAGUCUUCAGCAGAAGGGGCAGAGCCAAGAGGUGGUAGAUCAAGCCUGCAAAUAUGUGUCCAGCAUGUAGGGUCCCAGCUGCAGUACUGAGGGUCUUGGGGGGUCUGGCACCUCCAGCUCAGUGGAACAAAGAGAAUGGUCUCUCGGCCAGCACAGCCCCUGGUUCCAGCCCCUCUGCAGUGCCCUUCACACUGCUGAUUGGCCUCCAUCCUUUGGACUGGGGUUCUAGAGGGUGGGCCCUGAGCAGAGGACAUAAGGCUGCAGUUACUGGGAAUGGAGGCUCCCAUACUUACCCCACGUUCCAUGUACAGUGUUCAUAAGCAGACAUUUAAGUCCAUGAAGGUUUGCUAAGCUUCUGCUCUGUGCCAGGUGGUGUGCGGGCCUCAGAGAAAAUCCCUGCGUGCAUGGGGCUUACCCUCUGGUCAGGGUCAGCUUGUGGUUAAGAGCCUGGUUUCUAUGAACAGACUAUCAGAAUGCAAAUCCCAAUUUCCCCUUUCUGUCUGGUGACCUUAAACUAAUGAUUUAACCUCUCCCUCAUAAGAUAGGAAUGCUAUUUAGUGGUACCUGACUCCUAGGGUCGUUGUGAAGUUUCAGUGUGAUUUUGCAUAUAAGAUCCAGGUACGGUGUCUGGCACAAAGGACACACUCAUUAAGUGUUUGCAGUUACGGUGACCAUCAGUACUUUUACUAGAAAACAUGGUCUGAGAAUUCAGUACCAAAACCCAAACUCAGGGCACCUGGGUGGCUCAGUUGUUAGGCGUCUGCCUUUGGUUCAGGUCAUGAUCCCAGAGUCCUUGGAUCGAGCCCCACAUCGGGCUCCCUGCUCCACGGGAAGCCUGCUUCUCCCUC